AAAGAGUUUAAAAUUGAAACUUGGAGGUGAACUUUGUUCACUUUGGAACAAAGGAGACCAAAAGUAAAAUCAGUUCAAACAUGAGGACCAAAAGUGUAAUUCUGCCGUAGAAAAGAUGUAAUUGCAAAAUGAUCUAAUAAUAAAUCUUCAGCCCAAUUAAUCCUGGCCCACUCUCAUCUCCUUUUGAGAUAAUUCCCCAGCCCAAAGUUAAAGAUCGAAUUUUUUUUCUUUUUUUUUUUCUUCAGCGAGGAAAAGCCCUCUCCUCGGAUUUGGGGGUUUCGAUUGAGAUCGCUUUCUGCUCGUAAAGGGUUUCUUUUGUGUUUUCAUACUCGUUUACACAUUGGAUUGGAUUGGAUUCUAUUGUAACAGUAUGAAUGUUGAGGCUGCCACCACAAAUUCAUCAUUCAACUAUUUGAUUAAAAUCCCACCUACUUAUAUUCGUGUUCUCCAAGAAUCCUUCAUAUUUGCAAUUGAAGAGCUACAUGUUGAUGAAAAGACAAAUAUCAGGGAUGCACUUGAGUUACAAGUUGAAGACGAAUUACCCCAGAAAGAGAUUCUCCUUGGGUAUUACAGGUACGUCAAGUAUGUUGAGUUUCGAGCAAGUUGUCAUUUGAGAUCAAUACUUGCGAAAAGAGACAAGCUUCUUCGUAUUAUUGACAAAGCCAAAAAUUCAAUAUCUAUUGAGCAUAUCGAUAGUAAGAUAUGCGACUUGGAAGCUUUGAUCUUGGAAGCUUUGAUGAAUGGUGAAUUUGAGGAUAAACAGUAUUUCACGCGUGAAUUCAAUCAACUGAAGCAACGUCGCGAGAAAUUAUCAUCUUCUCUCUUUGAUAGAGAAGAAGAGAAAUUAUCUUCUCUCUUUGAUAGAGAAGAAGAGGAAAGAAUCAGGCAGAUUCGUGAAGCAAUAGAGGACGCUGAAGACCGUUUAAAGUUUCUAGAGAAGGAGAUUCAGAUCCUCAGAGACAGUGCCUUAGAAGCUGAAGCACGUUUUGUGAAAUUCAGGAAGAAAAAAGAUGAUGCCAUGCAACAAAUAGAAGAACUCCAACGUCAGUACAAAGUUGCAGUUCAUGCUUGCGAAGAGGCAAUUGCUAACAAGGAGAGUAUAGAAAAAUCUUAUCAUGACAAGAUGUUACUCCUCAGCGACUGCAGCUCGAAUGGAGUCCUUGCGCAUUUAUAUGUAGCAUCUGAGGAUUGUGUGGUGCUUUCCCGUUACUGCAAGAAUAAUGUGGAAAAGUUUAUGAAGAGGUGGAACGAAGAUGAUGAAUUUCGAAGAGAGUAUGCCAAGUUCAACGAAAGUAGUACCAUUACUAGAUUCGGUAGUUUAGACGGGGCCCGUUCACAUGUCUCCGAUAAGGAGUCGCCUAUUCAAUAGGUUGACGAAAGAGCUAAAAGCAACAAUUCCUUCUCUUAAUGAUGAUUUAGAUUUAGCAGUGUUCUUUUUUUCUUCUUUCUAAAUUGGCCUUAUAAAUUAACCUAGAACCGUACCCAACUGUUGUCUACAUCAUAAUGUAGAACUUUGGUUGGUUUUGGGUCCAAGUUGAGUUUCAGUUAAGUAUUUCUUCUAAAUACAGACAAGUUAAUUAUGUAGUGGUGCUCCCAUUUUUCUCUCUGCGGAUUUUAUUUUAAAUUUCUGGAAAUAAUCAUGUGUUUUUUUUUGGUAGGGGAAAUAAA